AUGGAGCCACAAGACGGAAUCGACCACACGGACGGUUCAACCACCCAGCGUGCCAGCAAAGCGUGCAAUCGCUGUCGUGUCAAGAAAGCAAGAUGUUCUGGCGGCUAUCCUUGCGCAAAAUGCAAGUCCGCCGAUGCUGUUUGUAUCUUCGGUUUCCCCAAGAAGUCGAAGCGAAAGGUGUUUCCCGAACACUAUGUUAGAAUUUUGGAACUGCAGCAAUUCAAGCUCGUGACUGGCCUGCAGACGAUGUACUCCAUGCUACUUGUUGCCGACGCGUGGCCGGGUCACCCGCUGCCCGCGACCAAAGGUCAUCCUCUGGUCCACGAUAUGCUGGAGCGACUGGAUCUUCUCCAGUUGGGCGACAUGGAGCUGGAGAUAGAAGAUCACGGUUCCGAUGACGAGUCGGACGCGGGCAGUCUCCCGCGCAUACAGCAGAAUAGGGGACCAUCUCCAACAGUACGACCCAGAACGUCCACUUCACCGCGGCUGGGAGGUAACUGCCAUCCUACCACUGCCCAAAUCCCGGAUCUCGAGCUUGGAGGCUGGCAGCCUCAAGAUCAGUCGCAAUCAUGGUCUUCAUUGUCUCAGUUCCAACUGCCAAAAACUGAUUUUACCUUGAGACCUCCGCCGAAGAUGCUUGUCCCGCUUCAUGUAUCUGAGCCGAUCGACAGUCUCGGGUGGAGCGCAAUUGACUACAUGCCGCCCUGGUGGCUGGGCAAUCUGCAGCCGCGAAUGUCCAAUGCCGUGACUUCUUCGGUGAUCACUACAGCACAAGGUGAUGCGUAUUCAGCACCAGCAGGCUUUGUGAAUCCGACGGCGGACUCGACGUACUUGGUCGAUCCUGGGAAAUACGGAUGCGAUUUCGAAGUGGUAUAA